AUGCAGAUUAAAGGAAAUGCAUUUAUUGUUACAGGAGGUGCUAGUGGACUUGGAGAAGCUACUGUAAGAGAGCUGGUACAGCGGGGCGGAAACGUUGCUAUCUUUGAUAUGAACGAGGAGGGAGCUAAACAGGUCGCAGCUAGUCUUGGUGAACAAGUAUUUUCAGCUGGAAAGGUUGACGUUACCUCUGAGGAAAUGGUUCGUGUAGCUAUAGAAAAGACCGUCGAACGUUUUGGUAGAAUUGCCGGUGUGAUUAAUUGCGGUGGAGUUGCAUCCGGAGCAAGAAUUGCUCGUCGUGGAAACAACGCUUAUAGCAUGACUAUGGAAAUUUUUGAGUUUACUGUGCGUGUCAAUUUGAUUGGUACCUUUAAUGUAUGCAGGCAGGUAGCUCAAAUCAUGGUCAACCAGGACACUUUUGAAGAAGGUGAACGUGGUGUUAUUAUUAACACAGCUUCGAUUGCUUUCCAAGACGGUCAGACUGGCCAGGUAGCUUACUCUGCAUCAAAGGGUGGUGUUGCUUCCAUGACUCUCCCCAUGGCACGCGACCUUGCUCCUGCUGGAAUCCGUGUGAUGACCAUUGCCCCUGGUAUUUUUGAAACCAGCAUGACCUCUUCUAUUAAUGACGCUGCGAAGGCAAAGAUCAUCAAGGAUGCCAUAUUCCCUAAUCGUAUGGGACGUGCCACUGAAUUCUCGUCCCUGGCAGCACAUAUUUUAGAAAAUACCAUGUUGAGCGGGGAGAUUAUCCGCUUAGAUGGUGCAAGUCGUCUUGGAAAAUUAUAA